AUCUUCCUUCCAGCCAAAGUCCAGACUUACAGGGUAGAGGAGGGAAAAGGAGAAUUCUGCCCAGAACUCCAAUUGAAAUAAAAAGAGGAUCCCGACAGACUAUUGGAGAGAUUCAGAUCAAGCUGUUUUAUCAACCUAGCAGGUCAACUUUAGCAAUUACCGUUCUCAAAGCCAAAAACAUUGCCUCAGUGAACAACACAGAAUCUCUGAAUCCAAGUCCUUUUGUUGUCAUCAGUUUAGUACCUGGCAAGAGUCAUGAUAGCCUGGAAACCGAAUUAAAAACUUCCACCAGCCAUCCAGAAUGGGAACAAACAUUUUUAUUGGAUUCUAUUUCUUUAACUGAGCUGGCCAGUAAAGCUCUGCAGCUGACUGUGUGGAGUUACGAAGAUGGCUGUGACAUUUUUGUCGGUGAGGUGUUGCUUGAUUUAGCACAAGCACAGCUAGACAAUCAGCCACAGUGGUACACUCUGGAAGAGCAUGAUGAAAAUAGCGCCCAGUUGCCUCAUCGCAGAAGGAGCCAUUCUGCAAGCAUGUCUGCUAGCUGGACUAGUGGUUCAUCUGCACUAGUUAGCCCUUCAGUGUCACCCGAAGUGCCUUCUCACCGCCAUCAUAUUCAUCGAUAUUCACCUUCUUCAGCAG